AUGGGUAUCGAUGCCAAGGAAAUGGAGGUAAUCUCUGAAGGUGUCGUCCAGGAUGCGGUUGUUCAAAGCCGGAAGUCAAGAUGGCAGAAGCUGCAAGAGGUUGUUUGGGACGGACCAAGAUCUCGCGAGGAAAGAAAGCUAAUCCAAAGGGUGGAUCUGUUCAUCAUGAGCUGGGCAACCUAUGGAUACUUCAUUCGCCUCUUGGAUUCCGGGAACAUCACAAAUGCAUAUGUAUCUGGAAUGAAAGAGGAUCUCAAUUUUCACGGAAACCAAUACAACCUUUUAGCAACCUUCUUCACAUCGGGAUACCUGGUUGGCCAGAUACCGUCUCAACUUCUCUUAACAAAACUUCGUCCAUCAUAUUAUCUUCCCACAGCCGAACUCCUCUGGACCAUAAUCACGUUCUGCUUCGCCGUAGUGCAAAGUACUAAACACGUGUUUGCCCUCCGCUUUCUCAUUGGCAUGCUGGAGAGUCCUUUCGCAGUUGGAGUUAUCACUUUAAUGGGAAGUUAA